AUGGCCCGUGAGCUCAUCGGCCCCGCGCUGCCGCCCGGCUUCCCGCGCUGCCCCGAGGCGGACCCGGAUGAGGACUUCAGCCAGGUUGCAGGACCAGCACUGCCUCCAGGCUACAAAAGCAGCCGCAGCUCCGAAGCUCCUGGCAGCGAUGACGACUCUGCACCUCUUCCUGUGCACAGAGACACAAACAGAGAUUCUGAAGAGGAGACUGAAGAAAAUCCAACACCCAAAAAACCAAAAAGAAUGCAGGAAGAGGAUGAGGAUGAUGAGGAUGAUGGCUUUUUUGGGCCUGCUCUUCCUCCUGGAUUUAAAAAGCAAGAUGACUCUCCAGAGAGGCCCAUUAUAGGUCCUGCAUUGCCACCUGGCUUUAGGAAACCUUCUCAGGAAACUGACAGUAAUAGAUGUUCCAUAGGACCAUCCAUUUCAUCAGAAUUCCAUGCUCAGGUAACAGAUAGCAGUGAGGAAGAAGACAACAUCAUAGGCCCGAUGCCUGCAAAAGGACCUGUGGAGUCUGACGUGACCAAAGAAUUUGAACGCAGAGCUCAGAGAAUGAAGGAGAAGCUGACUUCAGCAGACAGUGAUGAAGUCAAGCAAAUUACUAGGGAAUCGUGGAUGACAGAGCUUCCACCUGAAUUGAAAAGCUUUGGAUUUGGCCCAAGGACAUUCAAGAGAAGAGCCGAUGACAAAUCAGGAGAUAGAUCUGUUUGGACAGAUACUCCAGCUGACAGAGAGAGAAAAGCCAAGGAAAGAGAAGAGGCAAAAAGGUCCAGUAAGAAUAACGAAGAAAUCGUAUUAUCUGGGAGAGACAAGAGACUUGUUGAGCAGGUGACUUCAUACAAUGAGUCAAAGAGGUCAGAAUCUCUCAUGGACAUACAUCAGAAAAAGCUAAAGAGCAAAGCCUCAGAGGAAAAGAGCAAACCUCAAGAAAGAAGGCCAUUUGACCGAGACCAGGACCUCAAAGUCAAUCGAUUUGAUGAAGCACAGAAGAAAGCUCUUAUAAGAAAAUCCAGAGAUCUGAAUUCUAAAUUUGAGCACAGUAAAGGCAAUAUGUUUUUAUAACAUAAAAGCAUGAAGCUUUCUGGAA